GCCACUUAUGUAUCUUUCUUAAAAUGGAAGAGCUUAUGCCAUUACUAAAUAAAGUAACUACAACAGAUAAGAACAAGGCAUCUUGUCCUUGCUCAAAGUUUAUUGGUUGGCUUUUUUUUCCUUCAAAGUUUUACCCCUCCGCAAUCUUUUUUUCUUUUAAGACCACUUAUUCCUUUUGCAAUAAACUUUAUUCAACACACAUGCCUCCAUAUUCAACGAAGUCGGUAGUCAUGGUAAAAUCUGAUUGGCCGAAUCAUGUCGUGUCGUUUUCCACUGGUAAAAGUAAUCGAGGAGCAUAAAGUGUUGACGCAGAGGAAAAAGAUGGAGGGAAUUUAAAAUUUAGGUGGAUAUUAUUUCGUACCCAACACACCCUCGUUUAGGUCAGACGGGUGGGCCAGAAGAGGGUGAUAAUCGAAAUGUUUCUGUACAAAAUAUGACGUUUGAUUACAGGAAAUCCUGAAUAAUGCAGUAGAAGUAGAAGGACAGGCAUGUUUCACGUGUAAAUUGAGGUACAGGUUAACAGGGAAAAUAACGGUUUGAAUCUCGAAGGAGAUUUGCAGGGCCGCGUGUUGCGAGCUGAAGAAAUCAAGGGUUUUUGAGCCGGACAGCUGGUGAUUACUGUGGAAAAUGGUGAAUCAGAAUGACUUCUGGUUUUAGGUCGGGCCCGGCCCGGUUCCUACCAAACAAGGAAGCUUUAGCGCUAAAAAUAAAGAGCAGGUAGCUUUAACAUUGAUUGAAAGGGGAAGGACAAUCAGUUCACCAAUCAGGUAAACCCUAAGACAUGGAUAUGGAAGUUACAGCUACCAAAGAACAGUUCGAGGAUUACCUACUCUGUCGGCCGAUGAUGAGGCAACGUGCCAUACCAGAGGCCACAGCCAGUGCCAUGGCGAAAGGUGGCAGAAUAUCUGUGAUUGCAGAUCAAUUUGCUUUUCCAAAUCAAGAUUUUGCUUUUCUUUGUUGAAAUGGUCUCAAUUGCUUAAAAUAAUCAGCUUCGAAGACCUGUUCGUAAAGACUCAAAGUCUUACAAUUGCUUAAAAUAAUCAGCUUAGAUUUUUCAUAAAGACUCAAAGUCUUACAAAUGCUUAAAAUAUUCAGCUUAGAUUGUUCAUAAAGAUUCAAAAUCUUACGAUUGCUUAAAAUAAUCGGCUUAGACUGUUCAUAAAGAUUCAAAAUUUCUGAGAAAUGACUGGAUCAGACUGUGUUUCUGGAAAAUUUUGACAGAUCGAAAUAUUCAAAAAGAUAAUAUUUGUGACUUCGAUAUAUACUUACUAAAGACAGAUGCAAAUACAUGUGGAAUUCAAUUGUUUCCGGAAAAAAACAGCUUGUACAGAGUUCUUCAGUCGUAUUUAGUCCGAGCCCUGUGUUCAAACCCCAUGGACGAUGAACUAGCGCAGGGUAGCCCUACAAACCCUCGCAGAUCGCAGACGGCGCUGAGGUUAUUCGGCUUUGAGCUUGCACACAAGGCCGAAGAAAUUUGCGACGAUGAGGAGAGUUCAAGCACAGCGCAGCUGGAAACUGCAAGUAAUUUACCGUCGGAGAGCCGAUCCUUCGAAUGUCAAUUCUGCUGCAGAGAGUUCGGAAACUCGCAGGCACUCGGCGGCCACCAGAACGCGCACAAGAAAGAGCGCCGGCAAGCAAAGAAAGCACAGAUUGAGGCCACACGCCGUGCUGCCGCCGCCGCCAUAGCUGGGAACAAUCUUUACUCCUUCUCGCCUGCGGUUCACGAUUUCACCGUUCCUGCGCUUCCAUAUGCGUUAGGGUUUCGGCAGCCGCAGGCAGAAGACGCUGUUUACGGAUCGGGCCUGCAAAAUUCUUUCUUGUCCGGAACAAUUCACCCGCCCUGGUCUUACGUUUCGCCGUACUAUGGAUUGUCUUCAUUUGCCAGCUCCAACAUUUAUUCGCCCUCUUUACCUCCGGUGUCUGCAAUUCAUGCCGGCGUUGAGAGCAGAUAUUUGCAGCUUCCUUCUUUAUCGUACCAACAGGAAACAAAUUGCAUAUCAGUAGGUACCAAGGUUGAAACCGCGCAGAUGCAUAGAUCAAAUUGUAUCAUCGAGGAUAAGGGAUUGGAUCUCCGCUUAGUUCUUGGUCCCGCAGAACCAUAAACUAACGAUUCCAUCUAAUGGGGUGCAAAAAUGGGAGAAACAAGCAAAUAUGAUUUUGUGAAGAUAGUGAAUGUUUUCUCAUUUGUUUGUGAAGGUGUUGAAGAUACACCAAGUCGCAUUGUUGUCCGUAAGGAUUUUCUUUUGAAAUGUCCAAGGGUGUCUAUGUUUCUCUUCAGUGCAAUGGAUGUACUUCAAGAUGAAUACUUCCUCAAUCUACUUAAAUUUGGUUAUGUAUAAGAUUCCUUGAUCUUAGAGGAUAAAUCCAACAAUGCACUAGUAAGGUAUGAAUUUUUCAAGGCCUUAGCCUUAGUUGGCAUAUUGUUCUUAUUUAAGAAACUAAAAGAAGUCCUUGCAAUUGCUUGUAUUUUCAAUAGUAUGAAUUUAAGCCUCAUUAAUGAUUAUGUUCUUACCAUGAAAAGUAUUGUAAAAUACCACAAAGAUGAAAUUGGUAUUGAUUUAGUAGCCAAAUUGAAAGAGGAAUUUCAUCUUGAGGCAUAAACUUGAGUUGCCCCUUUUCUUUCUCCUCUAAUUAUUCUUGCUUUCCUUCUAGCUUUUACAUCUUCUUAGCCUUUUCAAUGUAAUGGUUCCAACUCUUUU